AUGUCCGCUCGACCCCUCAUCGUCGUCGCCGGUAUCGGGAACGGAACGGGAACGGGUGCCUCUACAGCUCGUCUUUUCGCAAAGACUGGGUAUCGCGUCGCACUCGUGGCCCGGAAUGCAGACCAUUUGAAGAACCUUGCUGAUGAUAUUAACAAAAACGGAGGAGAGGCCGCCGCUUUCCCCGUCUCAGUCUACUCCUACAGCGCCGUCUCCGCCGUCUUCGACACGAUCCGGCAGCACCCCUGGCUGACGGGAGGUAAAUCCGAGCUGCGCGUUGGUGUCUGGAAUGCCGGCGCGGGUGUCUGGAAGGGUUUCCUCGACGUAACCGAACAGGACUUGCAGACAGUCAUCGAUACCAAUAUCACCGCCUCGUUCGCGUUCUCACGCCAGGUGCUCCUCGCGUUCAAGGAGAACACUGUGGACGCGCGAGGGAAGCGCGGCACGCUCCUGUUCACUGGCGCGACGGCCAGCUUAAGGGGCAACGUCACGACCAGCGCGUUCGCAGCAGGCAAGUUUGCGUUGCGCGCGCUCAGCCAGAGUCUGAACAAGGAGUUUGGGAAGCAGAAUAUUCACGUGGCCCAUGCUAUCAUUGACGGAGGCAUCCUGACGGAUUUGUCGCUUUCGCGUCGCACUGGUUCUGACGCCAGCAAGGAAUGGAAGGAGAACUCCAACAUCCGCCUGGACCCUGACAGCAUCGCUAAGGCGAGUGGCUCGGGCUACUUCGGAUUUCAUACCGACGGCGCUAACUCUGAUUAA